AUGAUAUCCUCCAACACAGACAGACCCAAGCCCGCAACGGCUAAAUGGGGCGCUGCUUGUGCACAGUGUUCUACAGCGAAAGCCAAGUGUAUACGGUCAAAUAACACUCCUGGAUCAAAGUGCGAUAGAUGUGAACGACUAGUCAAGAAUUGUACAGAGCAGGUUCAUCGACCCCGGAAAAAGAGAACUGUCAAACCAUCACGAACUGCUCAAAUAGAAGAGAGACUAAACGGACUAGUCAAUCUUCUCAAAGCAGGUGGCCUCACCAAUGCCGAUCUUGCAACAGACACUACUUGCAUCCCAACUGAAGUUGACCCUACCACUGCUGAUCAAAGGAAGCCUUCAACGAAAGAGAGGGAUUCUUCGCUCUUUCCUGAGACAGCAGAAUGGUCAAUACCUGAUACUUACAACUCAUAUGCUCCUCCACAAUGUAUCUGCAGACAGACCAGUGGGGUGGCUCCCCCUCCUCCGGCCUCAGACGAGGAGCUCUUGAAGCUCUAUCGAAAAGAGUUGCAGGCUCUUCACCCGUUCGUCGUCAUCCCUGAUGGAGUCACAGCAGCGAAACUCAAGACGACGCGGCCUUUUCUCAUGUCAGCCAUCCGUAUGGUUACAUCUUAUCGCAGUCUAAGGUCGAUGCGGGCUCAGAUGUAUCAUCUGAUGAAGUACAUAGGAGACCACAUGCUCAUCCGCUCCGAGCGAUCCUUGGACUUAUUACUUGGAAUCGUUGUCAUAAUUGCGUGGUAUAAGUAUCACUGCUUCAUGCACGCACAGCUAAACAACUUGAUUGCCUUGGCCUCUACCCUCGUGGGCGAGUUGGGCUUGCACCGCAGUCCGAGUGUUCUUGAGCGGACCAGCUUGAUGGUUGUGACACCAUUCCAACCGGCAGCAAGGACUAACGAGGAGAGGAGAGCCUUGUUAGGGGUGUGGUAUCUAUCUUCAUCAAUGUCUCUUGGUUUCCUACGGAUAGAACCCAUGCGGUACACCAAAUACAUCCAGCAAUGCCUGGCUGUUCUUGAGCAGGAAAGGGAGUAUGACACAGACAUGCGCCUCGUGACGCUGGUUCGUGUUCAGCAUUUGACGGAGAGGAUCGCACAACUUAACGCUCCAGAUGACCCAGCUGAAGAAGUUGUUGGUCUACCAGCAGCACCAUUAUCAGCCUACGUUUCUGCGUUCCAUGGUGAGCUCGACAGAAUCAGAAGUGGGCUAUCUCCUGAGCUUCAAAACGACAGGGCUGCUUCAGCUCUUGACAUCUUUUACCAGUCAAGGAACGCCUUAAAGAAGUUCUUCGAUGAUUGGCUUACAGUCCCAAUUCCAGAGUUUUACAAUCAGACAACACCAGUUGUUGCACAACUGGUUUACGGGAUGACAAUGCUCGGUCGCUGGGCCAAAUACACGGCCCCGAUCCCUUUGACAAAGGCUACUACACCGAUGCCGCAAGACACAAGCGCACGAGACCCUCAUGAUGACAUUUACAAGGCCGACUCUGCAUACUCGGCGAGUGUCAGCCCGUCAGUGGCAACGCCCUCAGUAACGACGGGAAGAGAUUCUCAUGAAACCAGUCCGAUUUCGCUGCGGGAGGGUACAGAUCCGAGACUGCCAGCUGCUGUGGCCGCUCUUCGGUCACAGAUCCAGACCCAACCAGGACUCUCCCUUGAUGUCACAGGGAUACUAUCCGCUAUCUGCGCACGAUUUGAAGAGGCCAACGCAUCAUUCCAGAUGGCGUCGACGGAGCCUGGUUCAUCGGACCACAACCUCUGGAGCAUGAGCGCCAUCAAAGUCAAGAUCACAAGGGCAAAGCUGGAAAGAUGGGCCGAGAUUGUCGCCGCUGGGACAGAAGCGCUCAAGAUCCACGAUGACGUCCAAGACACAGAUAUGGCCGAGAGUAGUUCGUGCGACAUUGGACGAACUGCUGGCACUAGCGCAAUGCCACCAUUGGGUGACGACUCGAACACAGGUGUUGGUAUGCCUGACUGGCAUCCCGAAAUGCCGUGGUCAUCGGAAAUGCUGCAAGGUGUGGACCCGUCAAUAUGGUUUGACGGCUAUCUAGACUGGGGAGCCGUCGUCAUGAGUUCAAUGGGCAAUUUCGAGCAGCAGAUGUAA